UCAGCGGUUUUUUAUUUGCCAUAAUUGAGAGGUUACAUGAGUAAGCAGCAGGCACCAUUUGUGGACUUGGGGUUGGGGACCUGAUGCAUGCUGGCAGUACGUGAUUUGAUGUCUGCAGUAAUAAGCAUAGUACAUACAGUGGGUAAAACGGUAAUUAAAGAAGAAGGAGAAGACCUCUGGUAAUAAUUCCUUCGAUCCAGCUGGUAACUGUGCUGGACAUGAAUGAUCGAUUUGUCAUUUUGGGCUUGUAGCUGACGUGACCUAGUGUCAGUUCCUUUAUUUCUACUCGUUUAUUAAUUAUUAUAAUAUUAAUCGUAUUACCUGAUCAGUUUAAAAUCCCACAGUCAAAUUCAUAUUGCAUAAACAUAUUUUUUUUUUUUACAAAGGAGAGUCUUUAUUGCAUUUUAACUGAUCAGUUACAAAGAGACAACAACCAACAUUCUGGUUCAACAGGAGGAAGGAAAAGGGAACCCGGUUACAAUCAAACCAUGAAAAGUAAAGCAAGAACAGAGAACACAACACAGUUUGACAGCAACCAUCCAACACAACAGAACCCCUGAAAACACCAGUAUCAGAAAUCUCUCUUGCAACCAACCACUUAGAAUGCAACAAGAGCGAAAUCAGCUUGUCCGAUCAACUCGAAAUCCAUGGCUAGUGAUUGAACCAUAUGCCGCCUCCUGGGGAUAACUCGAAGGCAUCCAUCACAGUGAAUCCUAGAAACAAGAUUGCAUGGCGGUGGAAGAGGAUUUGAACGGAUUGCUCCAAGCUGACAGAGGCAGAGGAAGGUGAGGCAGAGAUAUCAUGAUUGAAGCAGAGCAGAAGAUCCCAAGGGAGCCACAAAUCUCCACAGAAAACACUGAUAACCAACCACAACCACCGGAGAAGACCCGACCCUCCACGAUCCGACGGCUCACCCCGCAACACAAACACAAAGUGCAGAUCGGAAAGGGAAAGAAGAGAAUGGCUCCACCAAAGGAUGAAACCACCAACCUGGAAAAAUCACCACCAUCCAGAUCUGGACUAGGCACUCACCAAAUUGCUAACUCCGGAUCCUACAACGAGCAAACCUUGAUCAGGAGAACCAAGAACCGAAGGAAGAGACAAAGCUCGACGGGAAAAGAAGAGACGAAGCUCGACUGGGAAGGAAGCUGAAAGGCCACAACGGCAGGGGGAAAGCUGGAAAUCCGAAGGAAAAUCACCUAGAACAAUACCAGGUGAAGCAAGAGCCCAAAGAAAAGAAGGAGGAAAGAGAAAGAAAAAAAAAAAAAAAAAAACAUGGAGGGGCUUGAGCUGCCGCCGGUCACCAAAAGGAGCCGGCGGCAGCCCCUGGAAACACACAGAAAAAGGAAGCGAGAAAAAGAAGAGAGAGGGCAGAGAAAAGAGUUCAAAUGCUCUUCUCGCGAGUGAGCUCCCCCAUAUUGCAUAAACAUAUGAAGGCAGAAGGAUGCAACUCCUGGUUUCCUUGCAAUUUUGGGUAAAUAGUCAUUUCCCUUCUUUCCCCAAACAAGAGGGGUAACUUUAAUUAAAUUUGGUUCUCACU